AUGAGCUCCCGCUUGAGGCCUGUCAGAGACUCGGCGGCCUGGCGGGUGGUGGAUGCCGCGAAGGCGAUAGAGAAAGAGCUCAGCCAGGAGAAGGUGGCAGAGACCUGGAGCAUCAGCGAGCGAGAAGCCUUGCAGGUCAUCGUGAAGGCUCUGGGUGGACGGAAGGCUGAAGGAGAGCAGCUCCUAGCGGAGCGCUCGGAGAAGCUGAUGAAGCUCCUCAGCGAUCUCAGGGAGACCUUCGGCAAGGAUGACUUAGCGCGGGUGCUGGACGACCUGCUUCGAGCCGUAGUCUCCCUGAGAGAGGACCUGAGCGUCUCCGAUAGCCCGGAGGGCUUGGACGACUGCGUGCGCGAGUGGCAGGCUCUGGGAGAGGCCUGUGGAGCCGCAGGCCGCCUGGAGGCGGCAGUGGCGGCCGCGAACGUGCGGAAGGACGCCUCCCUGCGCCAGCCGCUCGCGCUGCUGCGAGGGCUCCACGUGUUGCUCCAGCGCUCCGAGCUGCGCAGCCACCUCAUAGGGGAUGGCUAUGAGAGCUCAGAGACGCAGGCUCAGGGCGAGGUGCGGGAAGUGUGCCAUCCGCCCAGCCCCUCACCGACCGCCCACUCGCCGCGAGACUCGGGCUACGCGCCCCGGAAGCAGCGCGCCGCGAAGGCGGAAGCGGGCUAUGCGGCCGACGCCCCGGCAGCGCCGGGAAUGGAAGCGCAGGAGGCGGCGCAGGCGGUGGCGCCCGCGGUGCCAGCGCUGCCCAGAGAGAUCCUGGAGAGCAGCCGCGGCUCCUUCAAGAGUCGGCCCAGCACGCGUCCGGGCACGCCCUCGUGGCUGCGGCCACCCUGGCAGCGCAGCGACUCCCUGGCCGCCUCCUGGACACGGCCGGACACGCCUUCCACCGUGUGCGACGAUGCGGAGGCGGCGAACCUUCCUCGCUGGAAGGUGGUGGAUGGCCACUACGUGCCACUAAAGUCUUCGGGGUCUGGCCGCUUUUUGCCCCCACUGCAAGUAGAGAAGGAGAGGCGGCCUCAGCUCUCCUGA